CACGUAGCCGCUAUGGACCUACCAUACUACCGCCCCCAUCAUUCCACCUUCGCAGACGCAGAGGUCACGCGUUGUCUCCUACAAUGCCGAGUCCCUGCUGAGCUCGCCAUUUACAUGGUCUCUUUAGGCCUUAGGCCAUGGCUCGUGAAACGUAGAGAUCAUCCACGAAGAUACGCCGCCAAUUUCUCAAGGCCCGGUGCUGACGCCAGUAUUGCAGGCCUAUAUCUCAGCACUCAAUGCAUCCCAACUACCGUUGAACGCACGAUCGUUCCACGGCGCAUCGUCUUCCAGACUAGGUCUGCUGACCGAGGAUGGGCUACUUACAGUAGUGACGGUACAUUUAACAAUAGCCAUACAUGGUUCGAGGCCAGCAUUCUGCGUCCCUUCCUCCAGAACGAUGGAGGUAACGGCCAGGGCGUGGCACUUGAGGAUGCCUUUGGGAGAAAUACUUGGUGGGAACCUAUAGACGCGAGGGAAGCCCUAAGAGAGAAAGGCUGGGACUUCGUGGAGGCGGAAGAUGGAUGUGUGAUGUGGAGAGUCUGCAACAACAUUACCGCGCUGAUGGAGUGGCGGAACUAUAAGGUUGAAUGGGUGAGAGGCGUUGAGACCAUGGUUAAGGAUGAGAAGGCGCAGGGAAAAGGAGAGGGGUUUCUUGAACUAUUGAAGCCUGGAUGCAUCGUCGUGCUCUGGGCAAGGGCAGAGAGAGGAUGUUUUAACGAAGUCACCGCGGCAACUAUUGAAAUCGAGUACGAGAUGAUUUAGAGCACCAAGUUGAGGAUAGGGGUUACGCGAUACCCGCUAAAGUGUUCCGGGCCGCAGUCGGAUUCCCCUCUAAGUUUGCUGCCGUCGGUGUCUAUGAGGAAAGAUUUAUAGCUUUAGCUUUAACAAUAAUUCAUAAUAACAAAGAGUGCAUACCUAUUA